CAUUAAUCAAGUCAAGUCAAGCUUUCAUGUAGUCCACAACCAAAGCACACCUAGCUCUUGCAGUUCUUUGUUCUUCAGCACCCUGACUGCCUAGAGCCCUAGACACAAUGAUUCGGAUGUUGUCCAUGCUGUGUAGUUUACUCAUCUUUACCUUCUUCAGCACCGCAAUACUUGCAGCAGCACAAUCAAACAAGUCCGAGAGUGAUCGGAAAGCCCUCCUUUGCUUCAAGUCCGGCAUCUUGUUGGACCUGGAUGGUGUCCUAAGUUCAUGGAUGGACGACUCACUCAAUUUCUGCAGUUGGAGAGGGGUCACUUGCAGCUCAUCAUAUCCAUCCCGUGUGGUACAUCUAGAACUCAGUUCUUCACAUCUCACUGGGAGGAUAUCUGGUUGCAUAGGCAACCUGACUUCUCUAUCUCAGAUAAAUCUUACGGAUAAUCAUCUGUCUGGGGCCAUCCCUGAUGAACUGGGCAAACUUCCUGUCCUCCGCACUCUGUUGCUUGCUGCAAACAACCUUGAAGGUGACAUCCCUGAUUCACUUGGUACUAGUUUGUCUCUCAGCUAUGUCAAUCUUGCAAACAAUACUCUUACUGGUGUUAUCCCUGAUUCUUUAGCAAGUAGCCCCUCUCUCAACAUGCUGAUCCUGUCACGUAACAACCUGUCUGGACAAAUUCCAGCCAAACUUUUUUCUAACUCAUCCAAACUUACAAUAGCUUGGUUGGUUUUGUCCCAUUAUCUCUUUACAACAUGUCAUCACUCACAUACUUUAGCCUGGGUAACAAUCGCCUUGUUGGGCAGAUACCAUCUGACAUUGGUAACUCUUUACCAAAGCUCCAGAUUCUGAAAUUCCAAAACAGCAAGUUUGAGGGUCAAAUCCCUACAUCAUUAUCCAAUGCAACGAAUCUCAUACAGCUUGAUCUCUCAAACAACUUGAUGCAUGGCUCUAUCCCAUCUCUUGGAUUGUUGGCCAAUUUGAAUCAA